AUGGAGACCGAGCCCACAAAGCAGGCAACUGAGAUCCAGAAAGGUCAAGUUCUGCCAGGAAGCUGGACGCAGAGGCAGAAAGGGUGCAGUGGAAGCCAAGGCUUGUCGGAGGGUGUGCUAGGAAGACUUUGGGGAAGGGUCUCCUGGGGCCCCUACUCUGGGGAAGAUGAGGAGGCAUACUCAGCAGAGCCGAUGCCAGAGCUCUGCCACAAGGCAGAUGUCCAGGCCUUCAGUAGGACCUUCCAACCUAGUGUCUCCCUGGUGGUGGCUGCACUGGGCCUGGCUGGCAAUGGCCUGGUCCUGGCCACCCACCUGGCAGCCCGACGUGCCGUGCGUUCGCCUACUUCUGCCCACCUGCUCCAGCUGGCCCUGGCCGACCUUCUGCUGGCCCUAACCCUACCCUUUGUCGCAGCCGGGGCUCUGCAGGGCUGGAGUCUCGGAAGUGCCACCUGCCGCGCCAUCUCGGGCCUCUACUCGGCCUCCUUCCACGCCGGCUUCCUCUUCCUGGCCUGUAUUAGCGCGGAUCGCUACGUGGCCAUCACGCGGGCCCUCCCCGCUGGACCGAGGCCCUCUGCGCCGGGCCGCGCACACGUGGUCUCAGCCAUCGUGUGGCUACUGUCGCUGCUUCUGGCGCUGCCUGCUCUCCUUUUCAGCCAGGACGGGCAGCGGGAAGGCCAGCGACGCUGCCGUCUCAUCUUCCCCGAGGGCCUCACGCAGACGGUGAAGGGGGCCAGCGCGGUGGCGCAGGUGGUCCUGGGCUUCGCGCUGCCGCUGGGCGUCAUGGCCGCCUGCUACGCGCUCCUGGGCCGCACGCUGCUGGCCGCCAGGGGGCCUGAGCGCCGGCGCGCGCUGCGAGUCGUGGUGGCCCUGGUGGCGGCCUUCGUGGUGCUGCAGCUGCCCUACAGUCUCGCCCUACUCCUGGAUACUGCGGACCUCCUGGCUGCCCGCGAGCGGAGCUGCCCGGCCAGCAAGCGCAAGGAUCUGGCACUGCUGGUCACCGGAGGGCUGGCCCUGGCCCGCUGCGGCCUCAACCCCGUGCUCUACGCCUUUUUGGGCCUGCGCUUCCGCCAGGACCUGCGGAGGCUGCUGCGCGGUGGGAGCUGCAGCCCAGGGCCUCACCCCCGCGGCCGCUGCCCCCGCAGGCCCCGCCUCUCUUCCUGUUCGGCCCCCACGGAGACCCACAGCGUCUCCUCCUGGGACUACUAGGGCUGCGAACCCGAACCCGAGGGCAGAGGGGCAGAGGGCGGGCUGAGGAAGUGAUGCCAGGGAGGGUAGUGGGAAAGGGGAGUAGGUGGGGGAACACCGAGGAGGUAGGGAC